AUGAGUACGGCUCUUACCAUUGCGACACAGAACUCUUACAGGCUCGAGAAGAUGCUCGAGCCUUUGGAUGGGACUUACAGAGGGGUUAUUGCCGCGGCUAUCAACAGCAUUCACGCUCCGCAACAAUUUCCCCCCGCGAAUUCCAUGAAAGCUUGGCAGAGUGUAGAAUCGUACUUACAGACACAUUUGAACUUGCAAUCGCCCCUGCGGCAGCACGUAUUGGCGAUACAGUCUGUGUAUUCCAGCAUGGGCAUUCUCCCUGUCUCCUACGACGGCACGAAGACCAACUUUGGAAAAUGA